AAUUUUUCGGUAAAUCAGAAAGUAUCAAUAUUUAUAAGAAUAAAAAUAUUAUUCAUAUUGACUCGUCGAGGUUAUGAAUAGCACAGAGGCUCAAAAAGCAAUUUAGAAUAGGGUCGACUUUAAAUUUUUGAAAUGCUUUUGAUUUUUUCUUUGAUCCUUUCAAACUGUCAUCAAUUCUAUGCCGCUGCCCAUACAUUUACUCAGGUUUUAAAUUUAUGCCGCUUUUUUGUGGUAUGAAGCGGAUUGGAGGUGCUCGGGAAUUAUUAAAAAAGAAUAAGUAUGCAAGUACUUGCCGUUUUAUGACCAACUACAAGCAAGACUCCCUUCUACAACAGAGAGCUCAAGUGGUCGUUUUAUCUGGACCCACGGCUAUCGGAAAAUCGAAAAUCGGAAUUGAACUAAAAAAUAAGCUAGGUGGAAUACUGAUAAAUGGAGACUCGACCAAAGUCUAUCAAGGCUUAAACAUUGGCGCGAACAAAUACUUGAGUUCUCAAGACGGGAUGGAGCUAUGGGAUAUCAUAAACCCCAUUUCUGGGAAAUCAUGCUCAGCUGGUCUUUAUUUUGACCUAGCUAUGGACCGAAUACAUAAUGCGCUGAAUAGAGGCAAAUUGCCAAUUGUUGUUGGCGGUUCAGGUCUUUAUCUGAAGUGGCUAGUUAACGGUAAACUUGAGGGUCCUAUACGGGAUCCUGCGUUGAAUACUGCUAUUCGCGCAGAAAUUCUCUCAACAACUUCUUCCUGGGAUGAAGCCAUAAAACUUGUGCAAGCUUUCGACCCAAAAUAUGCCUCCACCAUUCAGAAGAACGACUAUAGGAGGACUGUGAGGGCUAUAGAAAUUUAUCGUAAAUAUAGAGAACUAGAGACCGAUUCGACUGCAACAACAUCCAAUAGUCAGCGAAAUACCGGCCAAAAUGUUUUAUCAUCUCGAAUUGUUAAAAGUGAAAACACCAUGCUUGAUUUUCGGUGUUUCGUUUUAACCAUGGACCGAAAAAAACUUUAUGAUCGUAUUUGCAGUAGAUGCGAAGACAUUAUUCAGGCAGGCCUUUUUUUAGAAGUUUGGAACCUCAUGAAACAGAAUCUCAAUGAAGACUCACCGCCUGGAAAGGCCGUUGGAUAUCGUCAAACUAUAAAGUACAUCAAAAACAGGCAUUUUACAGAGGACUCAUUUCACGAGUAUUUGUUAGAUUUUCAGGCGAAGUCUAGACAACUAGCACAUCGUCAACUAACGUGGUUAAGGAAACAAAAAGGGUAUUGUUGGAUAGACGUGGAAAACUUAGAUUGUGUGGCCGACAAAAUUAUCGAUUUAAUCACUUUGCCUAGAGAUAAAUGGGACCGCUUAAUGGAAAUUCAGGACAAAGAAAAAAAGACUAUCUGCGAUAUGUCUGAGAAAAUGAAAACUUAUGUACCAUUUAGUAAGAUAUUCCGAGUAGAUAAAAAGCUAAAAAAGCUGAAUCCAUUGUUAUAUAGACAGAAAAUUGCAGAAAGUCUUCAAGCCACUGACAUUCAACUUAAAAUUCUUAAUUCGAUUUAUGAGGAAAUGCAUGCAAUGGAUUACUCUAUUCAAACGAACAGUACAUAGGAGAAUUUCACAGAAAAGGCUUCAGAUUGACAAUCUAAAAUAUUUUACUAGUUUGUGCAAAAAGAGCAAUAAAUACAAAAUUAAAUGAAGCAGGAAAAAACGCCCUUUACGUAUUUGCUUUUUGUGGACAUGGCCGAAGUUAAUAGCUUUUUACAUGCUACAAUUUAACCUAAUUUUAAGCUUGAAUCCAAAAAUGGUGUAGUAGAUUAUGGAUACAUUUAAAUAAAAAGCUUGUACUUGUAUUUCAAAAAACACAUAUAAUUUCUUGUCUAUUUGCAGCGCCUGCUUAUGUUUAUAUGACAGUGAAUAAUAAUUAUCAAAUAAUUGCCAGCUGGCAAAUUUUUGUAGAAAUUAUUUAAAUCAGUCUCCGAGUGUUCUGGCCUUUGAUAUAUAGCUGCACUUUUUAUAACUGCUAUUCAACAGAUCAGUUCUUUGCGUUCUCAUAAACCAGACGGUUAAAAACCUAGUUAUAGAUAAUAUGAAAUCAUUUCAGUAGUUGUUAUAAAAAUUUGGCAUCUUUCUAUUUAGAUACAGUCUAAUGCGACCAUGAUACCAAACAGCCCAAUUAGACAGCAGUUUUUCAAAAGUUUCCAUCCAUAAUUUUUAGAGGUAGUAGCCAGAAAGAUUAUCGCUAAAAUACAAACUGAUGUUGGGAUGCUUUCUUUAAUAAGCUCGGUAAGGAAUAUUGAAAUGCAUAUUAGGCAUCAAAUGUCUACUGCUGGAGGAUAUGAAUAUAUUAUGUGAAAGAGCUUGCUAUAAGCAUUUAAAAGAAAGUAACUUGUACUUUCAGAGGAGCCUCAAAAAUAAUUAUUGUUUAUAGUCUUGAAAAUUGAUAUAGCCAGUAGCAUGUUAAUAAAUGAGAAAAGUACUUGUACCGCUAAAAUUUUGGCGACUUGCUUGAUACACUCGUUGCUGCGCUGAGUAGCCCGUGUAAAAAAAAUUUCUGUUUGUGCUUGUUGAUCUAGAAAAGAGCGAGAAAACUCUAGUUGAAAUUCGCGUAAUUGUUUAGUGAUAGAAUGCACUUGUUUUUCUAGUCCACUGAGGUCUUCUUUUGAUUCACUGUUUUCGUUAUCAGAUAUAUAAAGAGCUGGCGUCUCAUUCAAAUUUGCCUGUUUUGAAUAGUCAGCUGACUGGUCAAAAUUGGGUAUGUCUGGAACUUGAGAUGUCAUGUCGCAUCCAGUGAUAGCAAACA